AUGGAACACGUCGCCGUUUCCUUGAAAUCACUCGGACUGCAACGCUUCCUUGACCCCGAUUCAAAACAAGAGCAUCCCAACGCACCCUGCUUUCCGACUCGUCCCGCAAAGCUCCCACGCACGCUACCCGAGAACUUCCAGCCCGAGCAACUGUGCAAAGCCAAUCCACACCCACGCGACGCCCAUCUAUCAUUCGAGGAAGAAACACACAGCUACCGCUGGAAAGGAAAGCAAGUCAGCACGUCAGCAACCCAGCUCAUCGAACGACACGUGCCACCCUUCGAACCCUUCAAGAUCAUCAAAGCGAUGAAAAACAGUUCGUGGUGGCCCCGACCAGGCUACUUGAGAUCCGAGGUCCCGGACCAAACAUGGUCGAGCCUGCCAAACCUACCCACCUGGAUGCCUCUCCGGAACGCACUGAAGCAACGACCUCGCGACGAAGAAGCACUUUGCCUACUCCUCAGCGAAGCACGAGACAUGGCAGCAGAGGACGAAGAAGAUCACCAGCACUUAACGCAUCUGUUCGACAGCCUGUGCAUGUCCGAAACAGAAAUACUAGAGAAAUGGGAAGAAGCGAAAGAAACAGGAGCAAGAGAAGGCACCUGGAUGCAUGCCCAGUUCGAAUGCCUGCUCAACGGCGGCUGCGUACCCACACUGACACCAGAAGUACAACUACUGGCACGGUUCCUGCGCUCGCAAGAAGAUCUCAGAGUCUACCGCACAGAAUGGCGAAUCUACGCAGACAAGGAAGACAUCGCCGGCAGCAUCGACUUCGUGGGCAUCCGUCCCGACAGCACAAAAGUUUUGGUCGACUGGAAACGCACCAGUCGCAUGCAGCACCGACACGAUGCCUUCGGCAGAUUCAUGCAACCUCCAGUGCACAACCUACCAGACUGCGCUCUCUGGCAUUAUCGCCUACAGCUCAACAUAUACCGUCACAUUCUGCAGCAAUACUACGGAGAAGUCGUGUCCGACAUGUACGUAGUGGGCACCAACCCCGACAACGACCCCGAGCCCUUCGUGGAUUGCGUGCCCGUGCUCAAAGAAGAAACCCACGCCUUGUUCGCCACCUGCAUCUCCAACAAGGACGUCGAAGUUCCUGAUGCAGGCACACAAAAGCCGACAGCCGAAACGGAGUCUCACAACUUGCGCAAGUGA